CUUACAUUUCUCUCAUUUCGCAUUCUGAUCAAAAAGGUUUAAAAAGAAGCAAAAGAAAUAAAAAAAAUAAAAUAAAAAUUAGUCGUUAGACCUAAAAAAUUACUGAUGAAACAUCAAGCCAUUCUCCUCCUUGGUACCGCAUUGGCAUGCUGCCUUGCCAAUGCUGCCACCACCGAAGAUCAGCUCAGUUCAUCGUCGUCGUAUCCAUUUGGACGCUUCCUCCAUAUCACAGACAUUCAUCCGGACGAGAACUACAUCAACGGAGGCGCGGUCUCUAGGUUAUGUCACACGAUUGCUGAAAAUGAGGAUGAGAGCCUCCGUGACGCCAACGUGCUUCGCCUUCGAUGGAACCGGUAUAGUACUGGUGCCCGUACUCGUGCCCUUACCCUCCAGAUGUCAUCGGACCAGGCUUAUAAAAGGUUGACGACAAAUGCCAAGGCACAGCAACGAUAUCAACAACAAGGCAACAUAUUUAGUACUCGGUCUAGCAUCAUGGAAGGAGGGAUACGCGAAGUUGGCAUUGGGGGUUACUAUGGGGCACCUAACACGAUAUGCGAUACUCCUUUGACACUCGCAGACGCGGUGUUUAACUGGAUUGACAGCAACCUGUCGGGAUCAAUUGACUUCAUCGUAUGGACUGGAGAUAAUGCCAGGCAUGACUCAGACAACACUUUCCCUCGUACACAGGAACAAAUCUUUGCGAUGAAUUUCAUCAUGGCGAGACGUAUGCUUACAACUUUUCCACCCAACUCUAAGGAUGGAGAACGCCUCCCGAUUGUACCUUCCAUCGGCAACAAUGAUGUCUACCCCCACAACAUCAUGUUCCCGGGUCCGAAUCCUAUUCUAGACCAUUACUUGGAUAUUUGGUCCGAGUUCAUCCCUGAGAAUCAAAAGGAGACUUUUCGCAAAGGAGGUUAUUACUCCAAAGAAGUCAUUCCAGGAAAAAUCAGUGUCUUUGGCCUCAACACGUUGUAUUUCUACAUCCAAAACACCGCCGUGGAUGGGUGCAAAAAGAAACACGAGCCUGGCACUAAACAAAUGGAUUGGCUUCAAGCAGAGCUGAAAUCCCUGAGGAAGCGUGGGAUGGUAGCCUAUUUGACAGGUCAUGUGCCUCCUGAGAAGCACUCAUACACAAGCUCAUGUCAUUCCAGAUACACACAAUUGGCGAUUCAAUAUCAAGAUGUAAUCGUAGGUCACUUGUAUGGCCAUGCCAACAUUGAUCAUUUCUUUAUUCUUUCUCAAGCUGAGGAUAGAAGCGAUAAAGACGACAGCGAGGACUCUGAAGAAGAAGACGAAAAUCGACUUGACGUGAUGAACAAGAUCGGUGGUGACCCUUUUCUCGAAUUGGGCUUGACUUCAUACCUUGAGGCACUUUGGGAGCAAUAUAAAGACAUCUCCAAAAAAUCGAAAGGAACUAACUACGCAGCUAUUCAAGUCUCACCUUCUAUUGUACCCAGUUACCAACCUACGCUGCGCGUGUUUACGUAUGAGCUGGCAAAUGACAAAAAUCCCGAUCCCACGCCUGACCAACCGCAGCCCGAUGAUGGCGAUGAUGAAGACAAUGACGAAGACCAGGAUGAGGAGGAGGAUGGCCAUAAUGAUGAGGAGGAAGGAGAGGAAGAGGAAGGGGAAGGGGAAGGGGAAGGGGAAGGGGAAGAGGAAGAAGAAGAGCUGGGCAAUCCGGCAUUUGGUGAGUACUUCAAUAUGCAAUUAAACAACAAUGUUGAUAGAGCUAUAGAGAAGAAGAAGCAUAAGAAACAUAAGAAGCAUAAGAAGACUGUACCUCGUCCAGCGCCUGUGGACAAAUUUGGGUAUCCUUUGGGUUUUACACAAUACUGGGCCAACCUAACUCAAGCGAACGAAGAGCUAACGCCACCUGAAUUUGUGGUCGAGUAUCGGACACGAGAGGAUUAUGGUCUGCAACAUCUUGGAGUUACGGAAUGGCUAGGCCUUGCACGCAGGAUCACAGAGGAAAAGCCUUUGAAGAAGCAAUAUUUGCAGAGGAUGGUGGUCCAAACUGGUGCGGAACAUCGACUGAAACGAGAGUGGGAUCUCGAGGACUGUUAGAUAUUAGAAAACAACAACAAAAGAGGCAUCUUAGACUUU